GAAGUAACUUGUCCAAGAAGAAAGUCGAUCAGUACAACAAAUUAUAAACAAAAUUUUUGCCUUGUGCGUGUAUUACAAUUUAUUUCUUGAAUGGAUUGCACCUCCUAGUAGAAGUUCUUUAUAUAUGUUGUUUUUCGAUUCUAGACAACAUAAUAUUUCGGACAAAUUAGAUGAACAGCUCCUACCAAUGGAUGGAGAGGCUAACGGAAGUGGGAGCCGGAGGUCCUCUUACGGUGCUGCCGAAGAGGACCAGCACCAUGGCGUCUGUAACCUCAUGCCAGAAGAUUCUCCUGUGAAACAGCCGCUGCCAACAGUAAAACAUAAGCCUCCAAAACUUGUGAUCUUGAAGGAUGAAGUAACCAAUGAAGACAGCAUCCAGCAGAUCUCGUAUGGAACCUUUCCAGAUGAUCAGGUGAUUCCAACAGAGGAGUUUGAGACAAGAUCCAGACCUGCAUCUUUAGGAUCCCUUGCCAGUUCACUUGGAAAUGAUAAGCUGGCUGCUAAUGGGAACUGGGCGGAUGGUGGUAUAACUGAAGAGGGUGACGGUGGGGUCGGAGAGAGUCAUCGCAGGAUUCCAUUUACAAAUAUUCAUGAAAAGAUUUAUCCAUUCUCUGAGAAGUCUCGUAGUGUGUACAUCCCCGACACAAAGAUCAGUGUCAAAGUUGUGGAUACAAUGAGGUUGACUACAUCCCAGUUCACUCUAAACCCUAAUCUGUACUAUGUAGAGGUGAGGCAUGGAGAAUUUACAUGGACUGUAAAACACAAGUUUAAUCACUUCCGACGACUCCAUGAGGAAAUACUGUUAUACAAAGCUCAACUGAACGUUCCUAUACCAACCCAAAGACACAUAGAACGAAGGAAAUCUUACAAGAUCAACAGGAGCACUAAGGACUUGGCCCAUUUUCCACGAACACUGGAUGGGCUGAUUACAUCAACUCAGAUGCCGAAAAGAAUGUUGGAGUUUCUGGAGAUCAGUCAUCUGUCUUUUGUUAACGAUCUUGGACCCAAAGGAAAAGAAGGCUGGGUGGAGAAGAGGUCAGGGGGACACCAUGUGGCUCAGGGUUGUUGUGGGUGUUUGUCCUGCUGCGUGGAAUGGUGCACUGCACACUACAACAAAAGGUGGUUUAUUGCUAAAGAUUCCUUUGUUUCUUAUGUUAACCCUGAUGAUGGACAUAUGCGGUCUGUGUUACUUAUGGACAAGCACUUUGUUGCUAGAAGUGGACAAGAGCAUGUUGGUGAUGCCCGCAGUCUCUUAGUGUCUAAUGAGUUUAGGGAUCUAGUGGUGAGAUGUAGUAACAGGCACAUUGCUCGUGAGUGGAUGGUUCAGAUAAUGCUAAUGGCGGAAAGCUGCGAGUACACCAAUAAACAGCGGUUCAACUCAUUUGCACCGGUGCGAAACGAAACAUAUGCAAGCUGGUUUGUGGAUGGUGAACACUAUUUUGAAUCGUUAGCUGAUGCUUUAGAGGAAGCAAAGGAAGAAAUAUUCAUUUCUGAUUGGUGGUUUAACCCCGAUAUCUACCUUAAAAGACCAAUUUUUCAUGGACAUAGGUGGAGAAUUGACAACAUUCUUCAAAGAAAAGCAGAAGAGGGAGUAAAAGUAUGUAUACUCCUGUACAAAGAAGUAGAGAUGGCUCUCGGUCUGUGCAGCAAGGAAACAAAACGAAGAUUACAAAAACUGCAUAAAAAUAUCAGGGUUAUCCGCCAUCCUGACCAUGUACCCGGUGGAACCAUCCUCUGGGCCCAUCAUGAGAAAUUAGUAGCAAUAGACCAACAAGUGGCCUACCUAGGUGGCCUGGACAUCUGCUAUGGACGAUGGGAUGACUUUAAACACCGUCUCGUGGACUUGGGCUCAGCAUUCUCUCAAAGUCAUGAGAAUCCGUAUGCAAAGAAGCGAGAGAUUCCAGGCAAUGGUGAGGUCAGUAAUGUGACCUUUACAGAUGUCGAUGGCAAUAGAAAUGACAGUCUACGAAUACAAUCCAUGAAGAAUUCGACACUUAGGACGAGUGUCGAUGAGAGGCUAGAUCAGAUGGGUAUACAUGGGGCUCCUAAGCUGUGGCCUGGGAAGGACUAUUGUAAUUUUAUUGUGAGGGAUGUAGCUGACCCACACGAUGCCUUUACUGAUAAUGUGGACCGUUCAAAGACACCUCGUAUGCCGUGGCACGAUAUAGCUGGCUCAGUAACGGGGAAGUUGGCAGCAGAUGUAUCAAGACAUUUUAUACAAAGGUGGAAUGCAUCUAAGCUUGAGAAAGUGAAACAAAAAGAUGCAUAUAUGCUUUUGGUUCCAAAAUCAAUUUCACAGAUCAAAGUGAAAGAGCAUAACAAACAACAAAGAACAAAUUGCAAAUGCCAGCUGCUGCGUUCUAUAGGCAGUUGGUCAUGUGGCAUGAAGUACACGGAGGACUCAAUCCAGAGGGCGUACGUCCAUGCCAUUCAGACCGCAGAGCAUUACAUAUAUAUCGAGAACCAAUUCUUUAUAUCACUGAUUGAUGAUACCGAAGUAACCAAUCAGAUAGCUAGCGCCCUUUACCAAAGAAUAGUGAAGGCAUACAGGGAGAAAGCAACAUUCCGUGUUUAUGUAGUACUUCCACUUUUGCCAGCAUUCCAAGGAGAGGUAGGAGAAGAUGAGGGUCGUUCAAUACACGCCAUCUUGCACUGGGAGUACAAAUCUAUAUGCAAGGGGGAAUGCUCACUGAUUGAAAGACUGAAGAAGGAGGGCAUUGUUAACCCUCAGAAUUACAUUAGCUUUUAUGGUCUGCGUAACCAUGGAAACUUGAAUGGCACCAUUGUAACAGAGCUGGUGUACAUCCAUUCCAAGUUGAUGAUCGUCGAUGACAGGCUCGUCAUCUUAGGAUCUGCAAAUAUCAACGAUCGGAGCUUGUUAGGAAACCGAGACAGUGAACUUGCUAUAAUUGUUGAAGACACAGAAAAUGUACCAAGUGUUAUGAAUGGAGCUGAAUAUCAAGCCGGGAAGUUUGCAUACGGUCUGCGACAACGCCUCUUUAAGGAGCACCUUGGAAUCCUUCUUGAAAAGACUGAUGUAGAUAUCCGAGAUCCAGUGUCAGACCACUUCUAUAAGGGCGUUUGGAUGAACAUCGCUGCCAACAACACCCAGAUCUAUGACCAGGUCUUCUGCUGUUUGCCUUCUGACAAAUGCCAUACAUUUGAAGACCUCAAAGCUUACAAACAGGAGGCUGGACUGAGUGUAACAGACGUGGAAGAAGCAAAGAGACUACUUGAAAAAGUCUGUGGUUAUCUAGUCCUGACUCCCCUUCAGUUUCUUUCCAACUCAAACCUCAAUCCGACUAUAACCACACAGGAGGGUAUAGCCCCAAAUAAACUUUGGACCUAGACAGAAGAUAGCCAGACUGAGAAAUAACUAUCCAAUACGUAACUCAAAUUUCUCUCUUAAUGACACAAUAGUCACUUUACUGUAUAUGCAAUUGCAAAUACUGCCAUCCUUGGUGUUAUGGAUUGAGUGUGUGGGUAGCCAUUUUAGUGUAAAUGCUAUUCACAACGAUAAAGACAACAUUGACAUUAUUUAGAUUUUUUUUAUCUGUACAAUCUCUCUUUGAAGAUUUUGCAACAAUGAAGACAAAGGUCACUCUGUAAACGAAUCUCAUGAUUCUUUAACUGGUUUACUGUAAAUGUGGUGGCUUUUUCUCAAAUUCCCGACAAUUUUACAUAGUUAUUGUGUUUUUUAACAUGUUUUUACAAUUCGAUAUUAUAACAGUGAAAAAUGUGUAGCGUGCUCCAUGCAAUUAAGUAUAAAUAAAUCUGUAGAAUAAUGUUCAUUCCCAACACAUUACAUUCAUUAAAAUUGAACAUCUAUUUUUUUUUUUCUAUUUCUCACCUGGACAAAUGUGAAUGUAUGUUAUUAUCUUCACAUUAAUUGAAUUAAUUAUAUUCCACUUAAAUUUUAAAUUUAUUAAGUAUAAACUGUUAUGUGUCUGAGAUAUAUGACAUUGUAUUAUAAUAUUUUAUAUUUUUAUAAUGUAGUAUGUAAUAUCACACUAUCUUGUAAAUUAUUCAAUGUCUUGAUUCCUUAUCAAAUGUGUUGCACAUUAAACAAUCAUAUUUUGUUUUUCUUUGCUUUAAUGCAAUGUACUUACUAGACAAGUAUCUAACAGAUAUGCAGUAUUGUUACUUAUAAUAAUAAAUUAUAAAAGUAAAUAUUAAAAAUAAAUAUUGUAUUUUUGCGUUAUAAAAUUAUAUAAUAGUUAAUUAUAACUAAAAUCAAUUAAAUAAUUCUAAUUAAAAAUCCAAGUACUUGGUAGUGUUCCAUUUCCUUCACCAAAUGAAAAUUAUACUUUUUCGACAGCAGUCAUCUUUUUUGUAAACAGAAGUUUGACCUUGGACCAAGCAUAAUGAGACACGAUGAAACACUGACACUGGUGAAUUUAUGUUCAAACGUUUUAGCAUUCUGAGCAUUUUUCUGAUAACUGUUGUAUUUUAAUGAUUGAACAAAUUUUGAGUUAGACAGAACCUGUUUUAUAAAAAGCACUGAUCUAUCAAAAAGUAUUGGUAUUUUUUACCAUAAUCAGAUAGAUGAAAACAGUCCUGCUGAAUUUUGGACAACUUAGGAUUACCACAUU